AUGGAACAACUUACACAAGACAAAGACCUUGACUCUGUAACUAUUUUGCAGAGAGUUUCUUCACUUGUUUUCCUACUCUUGUUUGCUAUUCUGUCUCAUUCUUCAUCUGAUGUUGCUUCUAAUUCUACUCAAGAAGCACUAGCUCUUCUCAAAUGGAAAGCCAGCCUUCAAAACCAGAGUCAUUCUCUUCUGCCAUCAUGGACUCUUUCUUCUGCAGAUGCCACAAAUACUUUUACCCACCUCAAAACCAAGAUAAGUCCAUGUACUUGGUUUGGAAUCUCUUGUAAUCGUGCUAGAAGUAUCACAAGUAUUAGCUUGACCAGUGCAAGUCUAAAAGGCACGCUUCAUGAACUUUCUUUCUCAUUAUUUCCCAAUCUUGCAUGCCUUGAUCUAGCUGGGAAUGAGCUCUUCGGUGUCAUCCCUCCUCAGAUUAGUUACCUAACAAAUCUAAAGGUCCUUUACCUUUAUAUAAAUAAGUUAUCUGAAUCUAUUCCUAAAGAGAUAAGCAACUUAAACUCUCUAACAGAUUUAGCUUUGGGAGAAAAUCAAUUGAGUGGCUCCAUCCCUCGUUCCAUUAGAAAUCUGAGUAAUUUAAAAGUUUUAUACCUCCACACCAAUAACCUUUCUGGUGUCAUUCCUGAGGAGAUAGGCAACUUGAAGUUUAUUUCGGAUAUAGAGUUGAGUAAAAAUCAACUAAGUGGUCCUAUUCCUCAUUCCAUUGGAACCCUAAGCAAUUUAAAAGUUUUAUACCUUUUUAGCAAUAACCUUUAUGGCACCAUUCUUGAGGAGAUAUGCAACUUAAAGUUCAUUUCUAAUUUGUCAUUGAGUACAAAUCAACUGAGUGGCUCUAUCCCUCAUUCCGUUGGAAACCUAAGCAAUUUGAAAUUUUUAUACCUUUAUAACAACAACCUUUCUGGCACCACUCUUGAGGAGGUAGACAACUUGAAGUUUAUUUUGAAUCUAGACUUAAGUGAAAAUCAAUUGAGUGGUCCUAUUCCUCAUUCCAUUGGAAACCUGAGCAAUUUGAAAGUUUUAUACCUUUAUAGCAACAACUUUUCUGGUGUCAUUCUUGAGGAGAUAGACAACUUGAAGUUUAUUUUGGAUCUAGGGCUGAGUACAAAUCAACUGAGUGAUGCUAUUUCUCACUCUAUUGGAAACCUGAGCAAUUUUAAAGUUUUAUACCUUCAGAGCAACAAGAUUUUUGGUGUCAUUCUUGAGGAGGUAGGCAACUUGAACAACAAUCUUUCUGGUGUCAUUCCUGAGAAGAUAGGCAAAUUGAAGUUCAUUUUUAAUUUGUCAUUGACUACAAAUCAACUGAGUGGUGCUAUUCCUCACUCCAUUGGAAACCUGAGCAAUUUGAAAGUUUUAUACCUUCAAAGCAACAACCUUUUUGAUGUCAUUCCUGAAGAGGUAGGCAACUUGAAGUUUAUUUUGAAUCUAGACUUAAGUGAAAAUCAAUUGAGUGGUCUUAUUCCUCAUUCCAUUGGAAACCUGAGUAAUUUGAAAGUUUUAUACCUUUAUAACAAUAACCUUUCUGGUGUCAUUCCUGAUGAGAUAAGCAACUUGAAGUUUAUUUUAGAUCUAGAGUUAAGUACAAAUCAACUGAGUGGUGCUAUUCCUCACUCCGUUGGAAACCUAAGCAAUUUGAAAAGCAACAACCUUUCUGGUGUCAUUCCUGAGGAGGUAGGCAACUUGAAGUUUAUUUUGAGUCUUGACUUGAGUGAAAAUCAAUUGAAUGGUUCUAUUCCUUAUUCCAUUGGAAACCUGAGCAAUUUGAAAGUUUUAUACUUUUAUAGCAACAACCUUUUUGGUGUCAUUCCUAAGGAGAUAGGCAACUUGAAGUUUAUUUUGGAUUUAGAGUUGACUACAAAUCAACUGAGUGGUGUUAUUCCUUACUCUAUUGGAAACCCGAGUAAUUUGAAAUUUUUAUACCUCCACACCAAUAACCUUUCUGGAAUCAUUUCAUAUGAAGUUGGAAAUCUCUUGAAGUUGGUUGAACUACAUUUGUCUUACAAUCACUUUACUGGUUAUCUUCCUUAUAAUAUUUGUCGAAGUGAAUCACUUACUAACUUUUCUGUUGGUGAGAACAAUUUGCUUGGUCAUAUCCCCCAAGAUUUGAGAGAUUGCAAAAGCUUAAUAAGAGUUCGCCUCGAAAAGAACCAAUUUAUUGGAAACAUUUAUGAAGAUUUGGGUGUCUAUCCAAAUCUUACUUUCAUAGAUCUCAGUCACAACAAAUUUUAUGGUGAAAUCUCAUCUAAUUGGGGAAGGUGCUCUCGGUUAGGCACUUUAAAUGUCUCUGGAAACAAUAUUACUGGGAGCAUUAUACAUGGAUUGCCACGUAUUGACAUAUCUUAUAACAAGUUACAUGGUCCAAUUCCCAACAACAAAGCAUUCCGAAAAGCUCCAAUUGAAGCAUUACAUGGGAAUAAAGGAUUGUGUGGUAGUGUUAGUGGAUUUACACCUUGCAAUAACACUUUCACUUCACAAAAGCAUGUCUUAGGAAAGAGGUUGGUAAUUUCCUUUGUUUCUUUGGGAGCACUUGCUCUUCUAAUUGUUGUGACAAUAAUGUUCUUUUGUUUUCGAGGAAAGAAACAAGAGUUACCGAAAGAACAUGGAAAGGUGAAUGAGGAUAAAUUUCUUUCAGUAUUAAAUUUUGAUGGAAAAACAAUGUAUGAAGAAAUUGUAAGUGCAACAGAGAAUUUUAAUGCCAAGUAUUGCAUCGGGAGUGAUGGGUCUAGCAAUGUUUAUAGAGCACAAGUUCUAUUAGAGGCUAUUUUUGUAGUAAAGAAAUUUCACUCAUUUCAUCUUGACAAGGUAAAUGACCAAAAAGAGUUUUUAAAUGAAAUAAGGUCAUUACCAGAGAUACGACAUCAAAAUAUUGUGAAAUUUUUCGAUUUUUGUGUACAUUCUCAACACUUUCUUUCAAUUUAUGAGUAUCUUGAAAGAGGUAGCUUAGCCACAUUCUUGAAUAAUGAAGCUACAGCAAGAGAAUUGGAUUGGGAAUUGGCUUACACGAUAAAGGUAACUGAGAAAUGUGAUGUAUAUAGUUUUGGAGUGUUAGCAUUAGAAGUGAUAAAAGGAAAUCAUCCUGGCAAUAUCAUUCCUUCUCUAUCCUUUUCUUUCACUUGGGAGAACAUGUUGUUGAACAACAUUUUGGAUCCACGUCUUCCACUUCCUUUGCCUUUUGUUCAAGAUCAACUAAUGGUAGUCAUAAAGCUAGCAAUUGAUUGCUUAGGUGCCAAUCCAAAAUAUAGGCCAACCAUGGAUGUGGUUUCUCGUAUGUUUUGA